AUGAGACCAGACACACUCUCCCUCAAAGGCAAAAUCGCCAUCAUCACCGGUUCUGGCAAGGAGAACGGUAUCGGUGCAGGCAUUGCCACAGCCCUCGCCCAAAACGGUGCAUGGGUCGUAGUCAACUAUGUCUCCGAAGCCACCGAUCCUCGAGCCGCCAACGUCGCGGCGAAAAUUGAACAGGACGGAGGCAAAGUCGCGGUGGUCCAGGCCGAUGUCUCGACACCAGAGGGUGCGAAGAAAAUUAUUGCAGAGACGGUGAAAGCUUUCAACGCGGAAAGAAUUGAUGUUCUCGGGAACAACGCUGGAGCUGGAGCCACCGGGCCGGCGAUGCAAGCCAGCGAUGAAGACCUUAAAAAGGUCUUUGGCGUCAACGUCUUCGGCCCCCUGUAUAUGAUAAGGGCAGUCGUACCGUUGAUGCCGCGAGGCGGUCGGAUCGUCAACGUCAGCUCCAUUGCAUCCAAGAUGGGAAUGGCUGUGAUCCCGCUGUAUAGUUCCGCCAAGGCGGCGCAGGAUCAGUUGGCGUAUGCGUUGGCCAUGGAGCUUGGGCGCGGGAACGGAAUCACGAUCAACACAGUCGCCCCUGGACCGGUGCCGACGGACGGUCUUCCUAAGGGUCCGGUGGCUGAUGCCAUACACGAUGCCCUAGUGCCGUUGACGAGAGCAGAGGAGCGGAUGGGGACGGUGGAGGAUAUUGCGGAUGCGGUGUUGCUUCUAGUUUCAGAGAAGAGUAGAUGGAUUACGGGACAAUAUAUUUCGACAAGUGGUGGUAUGACAGGCGGAUGA